CGAAAUUCAAUAAUUAAAAAAAAAAAAGAGAAAAUUCUUUGCUUCUUCCUUCCCUUGAAGUUCUUUAUAUUCACGAAAUCUACCAUUGCUUCCGUACAUCCCAAUCUUCUUCCUCCGAGGAAGAAGCGUCUCUCGUUCCCGCUAACGUGAAGAUCUCAUUGAUUCUCUGAUACCCAUCUGAAAUACCCUGUUGGGUCAACCUUUUUCUGCGUUUCAAUGGGGUGUCCGAAGAACUCAAUCCUGUACAACGGCACCCACUGCGCCUGUCCAGCUGGGUACCUGCUCAACCGCGCCGCAAACAGCUGCGCCGUCUUUUCAGUUAGGUCCCAGAUAGAAACGGAUUCUGGGAUCGACUACUACGCCGCCACUUUUCCCGAGACGUUCUUUUCCUUUGACACAAUCAAGAAGUUUACUCAGUCUCAGGCUGUUUUCUUGGAGGCUACGCUUGUGUUGUUGCUUUCCUGGCUUUUCUUCUGCUUAUUCUUACGGUUUAUGAAGCUUGGUGAUGGGAGGGGCAUUUGGUUUAGGAUUAGGUGGUGGGUUAGUCGAUUGGACGUUUGCUUUGCCACCAGGCAUUGGCUGGAUGAUCAGAAAUUAGUUAUUAAAAGGAAAACAGAACUCGGUGGAACUUUCUCAAUAGCAAGCUGGAUACUUUUCACUGGUUUGUUUGCUGCGUUGCUUUAUCAAGUCAUCUCGAAGAGAACCAUUGAGGUGCAUAAUGUGAGAGCUACGAAUGCUCCUGACUUAGCAUCCUUCAGCAAUGAUAUGGAAUUGAAAUUAAUCACCGUUUCUAGCAUGAGCUGCUCGAACUUGCGUAUGCCUACUACUUUUGUUAGUGGAAGUUCUGGCUUUAUUGACCCAAAAGUUACUCCUCUUUCAAGUUUUCUGAACUAUUCAUGCCAGAACACAAGUGUAGGGCCAGCCAUAACAUUCAGAUGCAAUAAUUGCCGUCUUAGUCAAGACUAUAUGUUUGUCUCAUGGCAGUUUGUUGAUCUACCAAAUAAUCCUGCAGCUGCUGUUGGUUUUCAGUUCAACAUAACUGCAAAAGACCAUGCCAACAGGAGACAUGUAAGUUUUGUAAGUGGAACACUAAAGAAUGGGAGUGACCUUGAUGAUAGACCAGUUACAUUUAGAGGGGUGGAUGGAAAUAUAUUGGUAUUUAAUUUAUUUCCCCGAAUGUACCGCAACUUACAUGAUCUGAGGCUAAUCCAACCUCUGUUUCAUGACUUUGUCCCUGGUUCAGUUUUAUAUGAUACCUCUCAGCUCCGGGCAUCUCUUGAGAGUUCUAAUGAUGGUCUGAUCAACAUGACUUUAUACACGCUUAAUUGACAAUUAUGUUAAUUGGUGAUGUAGUAAACUUUGAGAAAUUUACCUAGGAGCCAAUGCAGUCGGCUUAGGCUUGCUAAAAUUAGGAUUUGUGCAGGUAUUAAGGUUUGUAAGACGGUAAGAGAGAAGAAGAGAAGAAUGAUUGAAUAUGUGGUCACACCUUGUGUAGUGUGGCAGCCACUAUUUACGUUAAUAUGAUAACAUAACAAUUUAAAGAAAUCCUAAUAGGAGUCUUAAACUAACAUCUGAUAUUGAGGAUUCAAAUCUCUUGAUGUUGGAUUUAAAUCCAAUAUGAGGUAGAUAAUUCCUAGACUUUCUGAUCUCACACUCCAUUCACCAAAAAGGAUCAAUGAUGUGUAGUCUCUGGGCUUCAUAGGUGAAGAAGGGUUUUUUGAUAGGUUGAAGAGGGAAGAAUAGUGGCUUGCAGCAAGGAGUAUGUUGCUGUCAGCAAAAGUUGAAAAAAAAAAGGAUAAGAAGAAGGAAGAUAAUUGGGAGCGAACAAAACAAGCAAGAAGAGGUGAAAAACAAUGAUUAUGCAAAAUUCAGUGUAAAGGGACUGUUAGAAUCCACUAGGAUUAGAAUUCCAAAAUAGUAGAAACUAAAUAAUCAAUAACAAAUUAGGACUCCAAGAGAACCUAUAAAGCCUUGGCUUAAUGGUAAUAUGGAGGCCUUGGUAUCAUUAUAUCCUAGACUCAAAUCUCUAAUGUGAGUUUUCCUCCCUUUUCUUAUUUUGUUAUUUUGCAAUCAUUAUGAUUGAUUGAUUUGUAAUUUUACUAUUAGUUGUGUUGAGUUAAAGCCUGAAUUGUUAUCAUGAUAAUGUGGUGCACUUUUUGUCAUUUAUUCCAAUAAAAAGAAUUAAAUUUU